AUGGAGAAAGCCAAGGAAAUGAUAAUAAAGUCAUUCAACAGUGAUGAAAGUAAAUACAAUGAUGUAUUUACAAUCAUUGAUAACAGAUGGACAUGUCAACUUCAUUGCCCCUUGCAUGCUGCUGGUCACUUUUUGAACCCAGAGUUCUUUUAUUCCAAUCCAGACAUGGAAUAUGAUUUGGAAGUUACAAAUGGAUUAUAUGAUUGCAUCAGGAGGUUGGUGCCAAGUAAAGAUGUGCAACAAAAAAAUUUAACUGAGUUGCCUCUUUAUAAGAGUGCAAAUGGACUCUUUGAUGAUGAUUUUGCCAAAGAAUCAAGGAAAACCACAGCCCCAGCUCAAUGGUGGAAGAAUUAUGGGCAUGCAACUCCCAACUUACAAAAGCUAUCAAUCAAGAUUUUAAGCUUGACAUGUAGUUCAUCGAGAUGUGAGCGCAAUUGGAGUGUUUUUGAGCAAAUUCAUUCAAAGAAAAGGAAUAGGCUGGACCACAAAAGGUUGCAUGAUUUGGUUUACAUAAAGUAUAAUCAACAACUUGCUCAAAGAUACAAUAUUAGGGAUAGAAUAGACCAUAUUCUAUUGAAUGACAUUGAUGAAUGUAAUGCGUGGUUAGUGGAAGAAGUUGAUGAUGAUAACGAUAAUGAAGAAGGAGGUAAUGAUUUGUUUUUUCAUGAUGAUCCCACUCUCAAUUGGGCAAUUGUUUAUGAAGCUUCAGGUAUUGGAGAACCAGUAGUUUAUACAAGGAGACAAACAACUAAUAAAAGAAAACAACCAUCAAGUGAUGAUAUUGUUAUUGGAUCUUCCCAUGCUUCUAAGAAACGUCCAGGUGCAACUCCAACUCUAACACAAUCUAAGAAGGGGGAAGAUGAAGAGGGAUAUGCCCCAUUGGAUGAUGACAUUGAAGAUAAUUAUGUUGGAGUUGAAGAAAAAUAUGAUGAUUAG